CGACAAUCGCGGAAACCCUGCCACAGGAUUACUAAGGAUGCGGGCAGUAUUUGCCAUGGCUCGUCCUGUCGGCGUGCGUCCCUCCCCGGACCCACCUGUCAGGCAAGGCUACAACCCAUUUUACUCUCGCGACUCGCGAGUGUUUCUUUCCCGCCCACGGGUGCGCCACGCAAAAUACCGCACUGGUAUCUACCUUUCAGAUGACCCCUUUCACGGAAGCUACGGUGUGCGUUCGUCGCACCGCCGCGAUUCUCGCUGACCAGUCGUCAUGUCCGGCUUCCUCGCAUGGCUGUCAGUUGGUGGAUACGCCGUUACGCGGUGGUCAUUGGGUUGACCCGUGCCGUACGAUCAUGCAGUGGAGCAGUGGAGCAGUGGAGCAGCACUACCUCGGUCUAUAAAAGCAUCUCAUUCCACUCCAUCCAUCCAAGCAGCGGUUUCUAUUUUUCAGACUCCUCACGCAACGGUUUCUCAUAACAACUCGACUUCUGCCUCGCAUUGACAACAAUCGAUUCGAUUCCUUUUCUGCGUCGUCUCACCUUUGCCUCUCACCCUAACCCUAACGACCUGAUGAUGACGACGACGCCUCUUCGCCACCUUCUCGCCGCGUCGCUGCUGGCUCUCCUCGUCGUCUCCUGCGCCGCUCGCGGCGGCGGUGGGGGCAAAGGAGGCGGCGGUGGGCGCGGGGGCGGCGGAGGGCGCGGCGGAGGCGGGGGCGGAGGCGGACACGGUGGUGGUGGCGGCGGGUUUGGCGGAGGCUUCUUUGGCGGCGGCCGGCGCAAUGGCAGUAGGGGUCUGGGCACUCGCGUGGGAGCCGUGUGUGCGAGGCUGAACGGCACGGAGACGACCGCGGCUGGAGAUGUGAAUGCCACCGGGGUCAUCUCCCUCGCUGUCUUCCAGAGCGGCAGCGACUACAACAUCCGCUACGGAGCCAGCAUCCGCCUGACCACGUCCGGUGCGCCUCUCUCCAUCGCCAUCAGCACAGGCGCCGCCGGUGCUGCCGAUGGUGGCGCGGCCAUUCUUGAGUUCUCCACCGCCGAAGCUACCUGGACCAACAUGACGUGGAACGGCACCCGCAGGGACGCCCGCGGCCGCAAGCGCGCCGCCCCUGUUCCCAAGUACUUCGGUUUCUUCCGCCCCUCAGCUCGCACCAGCUAUGUGUACGGGUUCUCUGGGGUGUGGUACAAUGUGACGCAGUACAGUAACGCGGCUGGACAGAGUUAUUUCGAGGUGGCGAAUCUGCUCCUGGCGAAUCCGAGUGGGUACUAUGGGAUUGUGAAGACUGAGGCGUUUGCGGAUGGAGCUGCCCGCGGGCAGUUAGCGAAUUUCACCCGCCCAACCCCCGAGACGUACUGGCAGCGCAGCUAGGGGUAGGGUGAGGAGCAAGAGUAGCAGGGGGGUGUGUCAAACAUGUUUAGUUAUCAUGCUUGUAUAGACUGUAUAGGGUCAUCUUCUAGAGAGUACAACUGUUAGGUAUAUGUUUGUGUACUCUCUCUCUCUCAAUUCAUUAAUUUCACUACUGUAUAGGGUCAUCUUCUAGAGAGUACAACUGUUAGGUAUAUGUUUGUGUACUCUCUCUCUCUCAAUUCAUUAAUUUCACUG